ACACAGGUGGAUCUCAAACACGCUUAUUCUGGAUCACCGACAUACGUAACACAAAGUACAGGCUUCGUCUUUGUUUAUAGUCUUUGCUCAGCCAUCAGAUCGUGACUUAUUUAAAGUGAGUUUAGGAUUCAGAGAAGAUCUGUGAUUUCUGGAAAAAGCCACUUUCGACGUCGCUGGAGCUUUCACUGCCAACAUGGAUCACUUUUCGGGCGUGUGCGGUUAAGAGCGAGCUGUCAACCACCGGAGUUAUUCUGAUUAACGGCUUCUUCUGUCGUCUUUCACCAUUUUCCUCGUCUGAUUUGACUCUCCUUUGGGUAGCUAACGGCCUGUUUGGAGCUGCGAGCAUAUAGGCAGGUCAGCUGGGUCAUGGUGAUGGACCAGGACACUCAGUGGCUGUACCAACUCCUGGCCGAGGUCCAGUUGGAGAAGUUCUACCUGCGCGUCAGAGAUGGCCUCAACAUCACCCGCAUCGAGCACUUCACCUACGUCAAGGAGGCCGACCUGGAGCAGAUAGGAAUCAGCAAACCUGCGCAAAGAAGAUUGUGGGAGGCUCUGAAACGCUACAAGACGAAAUCACGCAUGCCCAAGGCACCAAGCGGCCGAGGUCUGGAUGCGGGGGAGCCGGCUCAGGCUCAGGAGAGCAGUAGCCGGGCUCUGCCUUCUCUGAUCCAGGACAGUGAGCUGAUCCUGGGAGAGAAGCUGGGCUCCGGGUCCUUUGGGGUGGUGAGGAAGGGAGAGUGGCACACACCCACGGGGAGAGUGUUGCCUGUUGCAGUAAAGUCACUAAGGAACAGCACGUCCAGGCAGAUGGACACACUGACAGACUUCCUCCAAGAGGUGACCACCAUGCAGUCAUUGGACCACCCCAACAUUAUCCGACUUUAUGGUGUGGUGCUCACACAGCCCCUCAAAAUGGUAACAGAGCUGGCCCCCCUGGGCUCACUAUACGACACCCUGCGCUCGCGUCAGUAUGAGUACCCUCUGGCCCGCCUCUGGCUCUUUGCUACCCAGAUCGUGGCGGGCAUGGAUUACCUUGAGACCAAGAGAUUUAUCCACAGGGACCUGGCUGCAAGAAACGUCCUGCUGGCAUCCAGGGAGAUGGUGAAGAUUGGGGACUUUGGCCUGAUGAGAGGCCUGAGGCAAGACACGGACCACUAUGUCAUGUCAGCACACAGAAGGAUCCCGUUUGCAUGGUGUGCUCCAGAGAGUCUUCGUGUCGGCUCCUUCUCCCAUUCCUCAGACGUGUGGAUGUUUGGUGUCACCCUGUGGGAGAUGUUCACCUACUGUGAGGAGCCCUGGUUCGGUCUGUCAGGCAGACAGAUUUUGUGGCGUGUAGAGCGGGAGGGCGAGCGUCUGGAGAAACCGCCGGAUUGUCCCCAAGAGCUGUAUGCAGUCAUGAGGAAGUGCUGGGCCUGCAAUCCUGUCGAAAGACCUACUUUCGCCCAGCUCACCACAAUGGUGGUAGAGGCUAAACCAAUGGAGGUGCAGGCAACAAGAGACUUUGCUGAACCCAGAAAACUUACACUUGUGGCCAACGACCUUGUGACCGUCAUAGACCAUGGACUGGAGCUGUGUGAGUGGAGGGGACAGAACCACAGCACGCUGGAGGUCGGCUGGUUUCCCGCGAGCCUCACUGUGCCGUCACUCCCUCCGACCGUCACAGCUGCACUUGCUGGCAACUCCGGGCCCAACCCUGCUCCCAGCUCCACUUACAUCUCAGCCCCGGUGAAGGGCAGUCUGCACCACACCAGCCAUGGAGACAUUAAACCUGAGCGCUGCUGGGGGACACCUGAGAGCCUGGACGACAGUGGCAGCUGGAGGCCGAGCCCUGCCAGAGAGAAGGAGGUCUCCAAUCUGCAGAAAAUGACAGGUAUUUCCCGGAGCCUGGAGUCAGUUGUGAGCGGACAUCGGCCUCGGGCUCACACAGUAGGGGUGGUCAGAGUGGAUCAGCAGGGCAAGCUCAUGCCCCCUGCGAUGGCAGCUCGUAGUGUGGUGAUGCAGCAGGACCCACGCCGGUUCAGCGAGGCCAGCAUCAUCCCUCCUCCGCGACCGCCACCUCCCAACCUGAAACGCUUGAAUGCGAAAUCCCAGAGGAGGCCCGCAAUCUACCCGGUCCAAGGCACCCCGUGGCCUCCGCAGGUGGGCCUGGGGCAGACACAGCCUCAACCUCCGCCUCAACCUCAACCUCAACCCCAACACCAACCCCAGCAGGGCAUUGGGGGCUCCAACCUGGCCAAAAUGACUCACAUGGCACGCUCAACCCCGCAGCUGGAUGACUACACAGACAACAGAGAGCGAGAUCGAGAGAGAGAGAGAAACCGAGAUCGAGAGAAGUCGCCUCAUGUGCAGAACACCAGAGACAGUCUCAUCUCACAGGUUAUGGAGGCGGUACAUGGAGCGACCACUGAAGAAGUUCAUGGUGCACUUCAACGCAAUGACUGGAACCCAGUGCGAGCUGAACAGCAACUCAAGCUGGAGCAGCUGUACUCCCUGAGCCUCUGCUCCAGAGAGGACUGCCUCAGGAUCCUUUCCAGGCACCAGUGGAACCUGCAGCAGGCCAGCCGCUACCUGAUCCGAUGGUCGCGGGACGACAGGUCCGGCACCAGCGAGAGGGAGCGACCUCCACUUAGCACAGAAAGACGAGUCUGAGUGAUUUUGAAUACACGGAUGGUUGACUUUUUCAGCAGCUUUUUCACUUGCUUCACAUUGACACUGGAUGCUGCCCGGCACACCAUGGGAAGAGAUGGGAGGUCCAGUGCAUAUGAAAACAGAAAAAUUAAGAUGGUUGAAUGUACAUAAGGAAAAAUAUUUAGAAACAGAAUUUCACAAAAAAUGUUUCUGACGACUGUUUUUACAUCUUUAAUGAAACACUAUGCAACAUGUUGUGUUUUUUUGCAAAUAGUUUUUAUAUCGCAAUGAAUUUGUACAUAUUGUAUUAGAAAUUAUUGUUAAAUAAAAUUGAUGAUCUGGUCUUACUGGUGAAGUGCCAUGUGAUAAUAUGAGCAGUUUAUUCAUGAUGACUGCCUGUACAUUAUUAAAUUAUUCUGAGUA